AUGAGCAGACCGUCGAUGGGAGCUGUCCAGCGGCUCAAGAAGGACUACCAGAAGUUGUUGAAGGACCCCUGUCCUUAUGCAUUGGCGGCCCCAUUGCAAUCCAACAUCUUGGAAUGGCAUUAUGUCAUCUUUGGAGCACCGGAAACUCCGUAUGAAGGUGAGUUACAUACUUUUUUGUGUUUAUUCCUCUCUUUAGGCGGAUAUUAUCAUGGAAAGUUGGUUUUCCCGGCGGAUUUCCCGUUCCGUCCCCCUUCGAUCUACAUGAUUACCCCCUCCGGGAGGUUCCAGACCAAUCAACGCCUCUGCUUGUCCAUAUCCGACUUCCAUCCAGACACCUGGAAUCCCUCGUGGACAGUCUCUACCAUCUUGACUGGGCUAAUCUCCUUCAUGAAUGAAAAUUCUCCCACUCUCGGAUCCAUCACCAGCUCCACGCAGGUAAUUUUUCAAAUCCACAUUUGGAAUUCUGACAUUGCUUUAGCGUUUUGAAACGUAAAAUAAAAAUAAUGAUUAUAGGAAAGGAAAACGCUGGCGAAGCGUUCCCGUGAUUUCAACCUUGGUGAUCCCGUUUUCUGUUCGGUCUUCGAGGAGUUGGCGAAGGAACUUCAGGCCGAGAAAACCGCCGAACUCGCUGCUCAGACCACCGCUACAACGACUGCCCAGAAUAACAGCGAAAAAGAGAAACCAUCGUAAGUUUUUUUGAGUCAGAUUGCCUUGAUCUGGGGCUGUGAGGGAUUACCGGCCUGACGUUCUUUUUUUAAGGGUUUAGAAAGCAAGAAAAUGUUUGAAAUCGUGUUGGUAGUUUGUUUAGAGGGGUUUUGUGGAAUCAUUUAUUACUUUAGUGUCACCUAAAAUAAGGUAAUUCUCCUUUUUAUAAUAUAGGAACAGUUUUCUAAUCAAUUUCCAGAUUGUUUCUCACGCUUUCAGUCCUUAUCCACCUCUCCUAACCUGAUUGUGCUCCUCCACGUCUGUCUUAAGUCGUUUAAUCCCCCCUUAACCGCCCUUGUGGCUCAAUUUCAGGGACAAACAGGAGAGUCGAGAGAAUUCGUCGAUGGCUGCGAAUAUAAUCAUGGUCACGUCGGUCCUGAUGCUCGCUCUGGUGGUGCGGUAUGUGAUAGUGUCGGCGGCGGCGAGUGGUUAACAUCGAUCGAAUAAACCAACUGAAUCUGUAAAAAGUUGUCAUAUUUAAUUAUUGGUAGUGGAAUUACUGUCUAAGUAGGGGUAUAUUGUCGUGUCUUCCUAUCUUUGAAGGACUCGACAAGUCUAGAUAGUCGUAUCUUGAGGAUUCCAUUGCUCUUUUUAUCUGUUCGAGAAAUGGGUCAUUCUUUGUUUCGGUUUUGUGAAGUAAUACGGUUUCAAAUACAUAACAAUUUACUGUUAUAAAUGAUUUCUUCUAUGUUGUCCAUGUCUUUUCUUCCCCUCAUUUACUGUUUUCAUGACAAUAAACCGAACUGUAAAUGUCGUAUCUAAUCUAAUGCAUAUGGAAUAAACGAAUAUACGCAGUUAACCCCGCUCUUUUGUUGAAUUUACUAACAGAUUCCCCGGUUCUGUCAAUAUAUUAUAGAGAAAAAAGAGAAUGAACUGUGAAGAUUAUUGUGUUCUGCUUGUAGCGUAUGAGACUGGCACUCCGUCAUCGCCCGGUAUGGUUUGGACUGGUAUUCGUUGUCCUGGCGACCGUAUUUUAUUUGGGAAGAGUAAGCAGGCCCUCCGGAGAAUGUCAAAACUCGAUAAUCGGAAAUGAGAGGCAAAAAUCUGUCCAGACCCCACCAAAAACCUUCUUGCUCAUGCUGAUUAUGAGCUCACCGGGUAAAUUCGGCUUUAUAUUACUCAUAAGUAUUUGAAUUAGUCAUCGUUUCAACCUCUCUGUGACUUUAGAGGACGCUGAAAGUCGCCAAACUGUACGAUCCACAUGGCUCCGACUUCCCAGUUACUCAGACUACGAUGUGCGAUAUUUCUUCCCCGUAGGUACCAAAAGUCUCUCAGAAGAGCAACUGAAAACAUUGGAGAAAGAAAAGGAAAGGUUUGGGGAUCUCGAAUUCAUCGACAAACUCGAGGAAUCCUUCGACAAUCUGGCCAAGAAGACCGCUUAUUCGAUUGAACGGGGUGUUCAGAAGUUUAAAUUCGAAUAUGUCCUCAAAACAGACACCGAUUCGUUUGUCCAAAUUGGCCGGCUUCAGAAAGCCCUCAAAGAUGUGGCCCAUCCUAUGUUAUAUUAUGGAUUCCUGGAUGGCAGGGCCAAGCCAUUCCGUCGGGGAAAGUAUCGAGAGAAAGAUUGGGUCCUUUGUGAUCGAUAUCUACCGUAUCAACUGGGCGGGGGCUAUGUUUUGUCCUACAAAUUGGCUGAAUUCAUCGCCGCCAACACCAGAAUCCUUCGAUACUAUCGAGCGGAAGAUGUCAGUGUGGGUGUCUGGCUCGCCGGGAUCCAAGUAAAAUACCUGCAUGAUCCCAGAUUCGACACCGAAUUCAUCUCGAGAGGAUGCAACAACAACUAUUUGGUAUCUCACAAGCAUCAUAAGGAGGCUAUGUAUAAACUGGCCAAAAACGUGCGAGAGAAUGGUCAGUUAUGUCAGAAAGAGUUCCAAUCACGCCCUUCCUAUGUGUACGAUUUCUCCGUGCCUCCGUCACAAUGCUGUCAACGUCUCAAUGGGUCACGAAUCCCUUGA